UCAAUAGUAUACUUAGGACCAUAUACUCAUAACGUUUUACGACAGUCGUAGUUAGCGAUAGUGUAGAAAAUGUUUGUGCAAAUUUUACUCUCGAUUUUCGCAUUCGUAAUCGGUUUGCAUCUAUACUUUCGAUAUAACUACAGUGGUAGAUUACUGAACAAAAUUAGAGGACCGAGGCAAACGUUUUUGUUUGGGAACUUUUUUGAUAUUUUUAUUAGUCCAGAAAUCUUGUUCAACAAACAGAUAGAAUGGCGACAAAAGUAUGGCCCAAUUUGGAAACUGUGUGCGUUUAACUACAGAACUGUGUAUGUUUAUAAGCCUGAGGACAUUGAGGUAGUUUUGUCAUCGACUCAGUAUAUAGCAAAAAAUUUGCCGUACGAUUUCUUAGUCCCAUGGCUACAAAGAGGACUUCUAACUAGUCAAGGUGAAAAAUGGCAUCAUCGCCGCAAAAUGUUGACUCCAGCAUUUCACUUCCAGAUUUUGAAAAAGUUCUUUCCUACUUUCUGUGAACAUUCUCAAGAAUUGGUAAACAAUUUGGAAAAAGAGCUGUACAAGGAUAAAACGGAUUUGUUUCCUAUUAUAAGCAAGGCUACACUUGGAUUGAUAUGUGAAACUUCAAUGGGUACAUCUACAGGGGAAGAUAAUAAUAUAGAAUCUUUUAAAAACAAAUAUUUUAAACCUCUACACACAGUGGCUUGGACGAUGAUGUAUCGGAUCACAAGAAUCUGGCUGUACACAGACACACUAUUCCAAUUUACUAACGUUGCCAGAAUACAAAAGGCUGCGUUGAAAAGUUUGAACAAAUUCACGACACAAAUUAUACAAGACAGAAGAGAAUAUAGAAAGAAUAAUAAUAUCACUGGUUACUAUGUUCAUGAUGAGGAUGAUAGUUAUGGGAAGAAAGGUAAACUAGCCAUGCUGGAUCUUCUACUUGAUGAGGAAGCGAAAGGAAGAAUUGAUGAAGCAGGAAUCACCGAGGAAGUCGACACGUUUAUGUUUGAAGGUCACGACACUACUGCAACAGCGCUCUGUUUUAUGAUCAUGAGACUUGCGAACGAACCUCACGCACAGGAUUCUAUAGCUGAAGAAUUGAAGAGUAUAUUUGGCGACAGUCAACGGCCUCCUACCCUUGAAGACUUGAGUCAAAUGAAGUACCUGGAGUGUUGUAUAAAGGAGUCGCUUCGUCUGUACCCCAGCGUACAUUUCAUGUCCAGAUAUUUUGCUGAGGAUGUGAAGAUAGGUGACGUCAUAGUGCCACACAAAACGAUGUGUCAUUUCAACGUGUUCGACAUACAUCGCAAUCCCGAUAUAUUCCCGGACCCGGAGAAGUUCAUACCGGAACGAUUCCUGCCUGAAAACUGCGUCUCGCGUCAUCCAUACGCCUACAUACCGUUUAGUGCUGGGCCGAGGAACUGCAUAGGUCAAAAGUUUGCUCAGAUAGAACUCAAAGUUAUCAUGUCAAGUAUACUCCGAAGGUAUAUAUUGGAACCAGUCACCAGGACAGAGGACCUGGUGUUCACUAUUGACAUCAUUUUGAGGACCAGUCAUCCAAUCUAUGUCCGUUUUCGGGAAAGGCAUCCUCGUGAACUGACGGCAUCACACGUGCUGAUCGCCGACAAAAUGAUCUUGUACAUACUAUGGCUUGUUUGUGGAAUACUUGCGGUGAUUCCCUUAUACUUCCGAUGGUGUCGCGCCGGUCGCCUAAUGGCCAAAAUUCCUGGCCCGCCUGAACUGCCCGUGUUUGGAAACUUAGUGACUAUCUACAGAAGUAAGGAGGACUUAUUCACCGAUACGAGAUUAUAUAACAAACUUUAUGGGCGCAUUUGGAAAAUGCAAGCCUUCAAUUUGCGAAGUGUGGCUAUAUCUAACCCGAAAGAUAUUGAGAUGAUACUCUCUUCGACCACGUACAAUGAAAAGAACCUGCCUUACAACUUUUUGUAUACUUGGCUCCGUGAAGGACUGCUGGUGAGCAAAGGUGCAAAAUGGCACCAACGUCGCAAAAUGUUAACACCAGCCUUUCACUUCAAAAUACUCAAUGAGCACUUCCACAGCUUCUGGCAACGAACCCAGGACCUACUGCUGGCAAUAGAAAAUGAACAUAAUAAGGAACAAAUUGACUUGAAACCUUUGUUUACUAAAGCAACUCUUCUUGUUAUGUGUGAGACAUCAUUCGGUACAAAAGUAGAAGACACGCCUGCUUUUGACAAGUAUCUGAAGUCCAUUCACGAUAUGGGGGAAUGUGUUCUUCAAAGACUGACCCAACCUUGGCUGGCAGACGAGGUGGUAUACAGCUUGUCAGCAAACGCAAGAAGAGAAAAGUUUAUAGUAAAGAAAUUACAUAAUUUUACAAAACAAAUUGUUGAGAAACGGAGAGAGAAAAGGAUGCUGAAUAGUAAGAAUGUGGUUGAAGGAAAUGUGUACGAGAAGAAAAUUAAACCAGCUUUGCUAGAUCUCUUGCUGGAUGAAGAGGAACAAGGGAAUAUAGACAACGAUGGAGUCUUGGAAGAAGUUGACACAUUUCUGUUCGAGGGGCACGACACCACAGCAUCAGCGUUGACGUUCAUGGUCAUGAGGAUUGCUAACGAACCAGUAGCUCAGGACCGUAUAUACGAAGAGUUAAAAGACAUUUACGGUGACUCCCAGAGACAGUUGACUGUCGAAGACUUGAACAGGAUGAGGUACCUGGAGUGUUGCAUCAAAGAGUCGCUCCGGCUGUACCCCAGCGUACCAUUCCUUUCUAGAUAUAUUAAACACGAAGUUGAUAUAGCUGGCUACACAAUCCCAUCGAAGACAUUUUGCAACAUCCAUGUGUUCGAUGUUCACCGUGACCCUGAAGUAUACCCUGACCCAGAGCGGUUCAUCCCUGAGCGGUUCCUACCAGAGAAUGUGGUCACUCGCAGCCCUUACAGCUACAUACCGUUCAGUGCAGGACCUAGGAAUUGUAUAGGCCAAAAGUUCGCCAUGAUGGAACUGAAGACAGUGAUGUCGGAGUUGCUGUGGAAGUAUCAGCUGGAGCCAAUCACAAAGCCUGAAGAUAUAGUCUUCGCCACAGAUCUAGUGCUUCGGUCCAAUCAUCCCAUUUAUGUACGGUUUAGACCUAGGGUGCAUUUGUAAUCUAUACCUAAUAUAUACAACUGAAUUUGUUUGAACG